AUGGAUUUCAGCAAGGAUCCCAGCUCCCUCACACGGGAAUAUGCCCGGCAUCUUGACGAGCUUGACCCUCUCCGCUCCUUUCGCGACGAAUUCAUUAUUCCCUCCAAGGCGGAUUUGGUACGCACCACCCUUGCUGUAUCAGAGGAAGACGGUAAGCCGGAUGAAAGCUCUAUCUAUCUCUGCGGGAACUCGCUCGGACUGCAGCCGACCUCGACAAGUGCCCAUGUCAAUUCCUACUUGCGAUCAUGGGCCCUCAAGGGGGUGCUAGGCCAUACCGAACCUCACACCGACCAGCUGUCAGCAGAAUGGCUGAACAUCGAUGAUAGGGCUGCGGAGCUCAUGGCACCGCUCGUAGGUGCUAAGACAAGUGAGGUGGCUCUCAUGGGCACGCUGACGGGCAACCUGCACCUCCUCAUGGCUAGCUUCUACAAGCCUACCAAGGAAAGAUAUAAGAUCAUCUUCGAGGGGAAAGCCUUCCCCAGUGAUCAUUUCGCAUUUGAAUCGCAGGCACAUCACCAUGGACUUGACUCAGCCGACACGAUGGUACUCAUCGAACCCACCUCAGAGGAGCUCCCAUAUCUCGAGACGUCUCACAUCCUAUCCGUCAUUGAUGCACACGCGGACACAGCUGCUCUCAUCCUCCUUCCCGGCAUCCAGUACUAUACUGGUCAAUUCUUUGAUAUGGAGACCAUCACGGCUUAUGCGCAUUCCAAGGGACUGAUGGUGGGAUGGGACUGUGCCCAUGCUGUAGGGAACGUCGAACUCAAGCUCCAUGACUGGGAUGUCGAUUUUGCUGCCUGGUGCUCGUACAAAUAUCUGAAUUCAGGGGCCGGAGCGAUGGCUGGACUGUUUGUGCACGAGAAACAUGGCAAAGUCACCGAAGAGGGCUUUAGGCCACGGUUAUCAGGUUGGUGGGGGAGCGAUAAGAGCUCUCGCUUCAUCAUGGACAAUCGCCCGGUAGAGUUCCGUCCUCGUCCUGGCGCGGCAGGUUACCAAAUCUCUAACCCCUCUGCCCUCGACCUGGCGGCAGUGACUGCGUCUCUGAAGGUGUUCAACAAAGCCUCCAUGCCAGCUCUCAGGCGCAAGUCGGUCCAUCUGACAGCCUACCUCGAAUAUCUUAUCAUCAGUGAAUUCCCAUCCACGUCCGAGAGGCCGUUUACCAUAAUCACACCCUCUGAUCCAGAUAUGCGAGGGGCUCAACUCAGUCUCCUGCUGAGACCAGGACUGUUGGACCCUGUCUUUUCCUGCCUGUUGAGGAACGGUGUUGUAUUGGACGAGCGAAGGCCUGAUGUUCUUCGUGUUGCUCCCGCGCCACUGUAUAACUCGUUUGAGGACGUGUGGCUGUUUGUUCGUGAGCUCAGAGUGGCAUGUGAUGAAGCAACCGCGAGCUAG